GAGUGGACGACAACACCGUAAUUAGAACACAGUAACAAUGUACCGGCGUGACUAGUACGGUCAUUACGGUAAAUGUGGGCUGCAGCGCCUUCUGUGUCCGACAGGCUCGGAGUUGCACCGACAGACGCUGAGCCGAACAGGUCUCGGAUGUUACCUUUUCUUCUGAGCCACGGACAACAUCCCAUCUAGCCAGGUCUGACUAGGAGGCUGUCCCCCUUGGAUUUCGGUAUUCUUUUGAAAAUCUUGACGUCAAACCUGUGAGAUUUGGAGAGGACAGAUUUUUUGGGAUCCCGCUUGACUCAUUAUCUAGUCCCAGAUCACCUAACCAGUCAGAAGGAGAGACCCCACACCUUGCCCAACCUCCCCUGCUGCUAGCUAGCACCAGCAUGGCAGACAGUCGACAGCCAGAAGACGGCGUCCCUCAGUGGGACCCAUCAGGCGGUCAGGAACCCACUGGCACCCAUGGAGCCAAUGGCUUCUCUUCCUCCACCUACAGGACCUGCCAGCCUGGUGGGCCCCACCACAUGACCACAGGCUCCUACUCUGCCAGGGAAAACGGCUUCAAUGGGGAUCUUACUGGUGCCCCCGCUAUAACUGCAGAGCAAGUGUCAGCGCGGAUCGUGCAGGAAGUGACGGCAGAGGCAGUUGCGGUACUGAAGGGAGAGCAGGAGACUCAAAGGCUGCCAUCAGUUGAAGACACUGCAAAUUUGCCUCCAUCUCCUCCCCCCUCACCUGCUGCAGAGCACUUUGGUCCUCUGGAACAAGAUGUAGGGGAUGAGGAGGAGGCAGGCCCUCUCCGUCGCUUCCAAAAUUCUCGGGAGAGGUGCAAGUUCCUCGCCCCCUCCAUCUCAGUUUCCGUGCCCGAGGACGACCCCUACCACUCCGACGAGGAGUACUAUGAGCACCCAUUGUUCAGCCCAGAGUGGACGCACUCGGGCUCUCGCCCCACAGGGCAGGCCGUGGCCUUUAGACAGAUUGAAGAAGAGACCGUGGAAGCUCUUACAGCUGAAUACGAGGAGGAGGUGGAAGAGGAGGAGGAGGAGGAGGAGGAGGAGGAGAGUACAGAGGCAGCAGAGUCCGAAGCAGCUCUUGAUGAGCAGCAGUGGAGCGGGGAAGAGCCUGAGCUGGACAGCCCCCACGCUGAGUCCUUAGAGCAGGCAGAGGUUUCCAUAGAUGAGGCCCAGGAUCUAGACCUAGAGCCGGCCGAAGCAGCUAGUGCUGCUGCAGAAAGCUCUAUGGACAGAGAGGAGGAGGAUUCAGAGGGUGGGGAGAGCCCUGAGACAGCUUUGAAGAUGGACUCAGACAAGCAGGCAAGUGAGAAAAGUGGUUCCAUGAGCCCCGACAGUAUUGGAUUAGAGAAACGGCCGGAGGAGUUUUUUGAGCCCCAGAUGCAAGGGUUCUUUGCUGGUGAACGAGUUGUACCAGAGAGCCCUACCAUGGAUGUACCAGAAAGCCCUACCAUGGAAAUGCCAUCCUUUGUACUUCCAAAUGUUGAAAACCAAGCCAAAGAAUCAGCGAGAUCCCUCACACUUCAGCCUGCAUUUGGCGAGCCAAUCACAGUGUCAGAGAAACAGCCCUCAGUGGAAGUGGUGGACAUCAGCAGCAUUGGUGCUCCCUCUCUUUCCUCGCCACUGGGAAACAAAGUUCAAGGAGAAGACUUAACAAGGGCUGCUCCAGACAGAUCUGGCAUGUCAGCAUAUUUUGAAACCUCAGCCAUUGAGGUUGAUGAAGCUCACCAAUGUAAGGGUGAGGGUUAUUAUGAACUGAGCAGAUCUGGUGAAGAGAAGAGUCAAGUUGAUGCCAGGUCUCAGGAGAUCAGCUACAGCACCCUUGCUGAAGCUCAGGAUAAUACAGAAACUAAAGAAAAUGAAGCAGCAGACAUUAAACUGUUCACAGUUCCUGACAGGAGUAAUGAAUGCAGGCUUUCCCCUGGUAAACUGGCUUUAGAGCAGAGGAGCUACUCACUUAACAUCACCAUUGGAGCAAUGGAUCAGAGUGGCCAAGGCAGACCUAGAAACUUCUCUCCACUGGCCACAGAUAUAAUGUCAUACACUAGUGGAAGUCUAGACGAGUUGGCAGACUACCUCCCAGUCACUACACCCUCCAUGGACAAGCCUCCAUCCUUGCCCCCCCUGAUCCUGGAGACUGCGGCUUCCAUCACUUCAGAUUCCUCAUCUCCCCCACGGACCACUGAGCCACUUUCAAAGCCCGGUCCUGAACUGGAGUCGCUAGAAUCACCAGAGCACCUUAAGAACACCUAUAAAAAUGGCACAGUAAUGGCGCAAGACUUACCUGAGAUGCUAGACCUUGCUGGUACCCGUUCAAGACUGGAGUCAGAAAACACUGACCCAGAAAUCAGCCGGAGAAAAUCAAUUCAAGCGGAUUUCCCAGCAUUCGCCGAUGACCCACUGGCUAGCCUAGUUUCAGGGGAACUAAGUCCUGGGGCUAGAAAGAGUGACAGCCAGCUGGAAGAGAUGGGCUAUUGUGUGUUUAGUGAAUAUUCAGGACCCAUGCCAUCACCUGCAGAUGUAUUCAGCCCUACAAACGUUUCUGCACAGGUCUUCACCCACUCUGUCCUGCAGGAGAAAGUGGCUGAGCAAGCUAGAAAGUUAGCAGUCAGGGACACAUCUGUGGAGGACAAGAGCCAGCUAUCAGGAGCUGCUGAUGUCACUGAAGAGAAAGACCAGAAGCAAGGAGAAAGAAAAGAUUCUGGUGAAGAAAAGGGCAAGGAGGUUGUAGAUGAACAGUCGAAAAUAUCUAUAAGUGAGAUGCCACCUGCUCAGCCAAGUGAGUUCUUUGUGACACCAACGGUCACUGUGACUCUAGAAGAAGGCGGGAGGUCCGUGAGUGAGACUGAACGACAAGCCAGUGGCGAGGGUUCAGUGUCAGAAACCGAGAUUGCCGACUAUGAGCGGCAGAUCCGAAAAUUGGAGAUGGAAGACAGGCCUCUCAGUAUGGAGGAGGAAAGAGAACUGCAGGAGCUUAGGGAGAAAGUGAAGCUGGUGCACCAGGAGGCCUAUGAGGAAGUUGAUGCUGAAGAUGUGUACCAGCUGACCGGCAUGGCCAAGGACCGGAUUGCCAGGCCUGUCAAAACUUCACCUACUUCAUCUGUGGAGAGCAACAUUGAUGAUGACAAGCUGCUGUCUCCUGUGCUCUCACCUUCCAAGCUUAAAGAAAGAGAAGUGUAUGGUUCCCCCAAAAGAACAGUUUCACCUGUGGUAGGAAUAAACAAAGAGAAAGAGGAAUCAGAAAGAAAGAUGAGGGAAGAGCAAGAGAAGGAAGCAGCUGAGAAGAAAUUGAAACAAGAGAAAGAAGAGGCAGAGAAGAAAAUCAGGGAAGAGGCAGAAAAGAAAGAAAAUGAAUUGAAAGAGAGGGAAAAGAAAGAGAAAGAAGAGGGAGAGCGACUACUUAGGGAAGAAAAAGAAAAGAAGGAGAAAGAACGGGAAGAGCAUGAGAUUAAAGAAAAGGAGAAAGAGGAGAAAGAGGAGAGAGAGAAGAAAGAAAGAGAGGAAAAAGAAAGAAUAGCUCAAGAGUUGAGAGCAAAGGAAGAGAAAGAAAAGAUGGAGAAGGAACUAAAAGAGAAGGCGGAGAAAGAGAAGAUAGAAAAGGAAGACAAAGAGAAGUCGGAAAAUAGAUUAAAAGAGGAGAAAGAAAAAGUGGAUGAGAUGGACAAAAAUGUUGUAGACAAACGUAAGGAAAAAACAACCACAAAGCCUGGCGAGAAAGAAGCUGAAAACCCUGUGGAGGCUAAAAGGGGGCAAGAGGAAGGUGGUGAAGAUAUGUUAGAGAAAGCAGGGGCAGAAGCAGCAGUGGUAAAGGAGAUCCCAGAGACUCGUGCUGCCAUCGAAUCAGUGGUGACAGUUGAAGACGAUUUUAUCACUGUGGUCCAGACCAUUGAUGAAGCAGAGGAGCCGGGACACAGCGUUCGUUUCUCUGGUCCACCUGAGGCUGAAACCCUUGGUGUCGCUGCACAGAAAGAAGAAGAGGAGGAAGAGGAGGAGUCUGUGGAGUUGGCCCAAGAAGCAGACAUGGAGGCUGCAAGUCUAGAGGAGGUGGUAGAUGUUCCUGAGACCCCUGCCUCGCCUGAGAAGGAGGCGCAAAACGUAGAAGCUGAAGGACAGACAGAGAGCUACGAUAGAGAUGAAACAACAAUGGACGACUCCAUCUUGGACAGCUCCUGGAUUGACACACAAGAUGAUGAUAAGAGUAUGGCGACGGAACAGAUUGAGCCUUUGCCCAAAAUGUCCAGCCCAGUCAAAAAGCCUGUUGUGGUUCAGACCAAGCAAACACAAAAGAAGAAGAAGAUGGAGAACCAGGAAAAGCCAGUCAAACCACAGGCCAAGGGAGGUCGGGCUAAAGGCCGAAUCUCCACACCAGAACGCAAACCCUUCCGCAAAGAACCUGUCUACAUCCCCAGAGAGGAAACCAAGAAGAAAAAAGCUGUCAUAAGGAAGGCCGAGCUUACCAAAAAAAUGGAGAUUCAGAGUCAAUCCCCAUCCAAGAGGAAUUUGAUGAAAACUGCCGUCCGCCACACCCGCCCCACCCAGCACCACUCCUGUCCUAGAAGGAGACCCACAGAGGCGCUACCAGACAGUCGUCUGCCUCUCAGUGUUGCCAAACAGUCUCGCGACAGAGCAUCGUGCCAUGCCCAUCGUUUGCCACUAACAAAGCUCCCCACCUCCAUAUCCAGAGUGGCUGCCUCAUUAGAUAGACCUCGCCCAUCCUCAGCAGAGCCUCAAGGCUUCCCUGUAUUACAGAGACUCAUAUCCAAGGACGGUCGGUCAUGGAGCCCAGAAAAGGGGUCUUCUGUGCCGCGGCAUGCCUCCAUUCUGAGUCGGCGUGUAUACCAUGACCACGAGGAGAGCUCCACCUCCAUCACCAGCUCCGGCUCCACGGCUCCUCGCAGACCCACAUCGUUUCGCACAGAGAUGAGGGCAGAGCAUAGGACAGGACGAGCCCCUAGCAUGACAGAAUCAGUGCGCUCCCGUUCGGCUCGCAGUGGCCACUCCACCCCCCGCACCUCUGGCUCCACAGCCAUCACCCCAGGAACCCCUCCCAGCUACUCGGCGUCCUCGAGGACCCCUGGAACCCCACGCUCCCUCAGCUUGAUUUCCCAGGAAAGGAAGGUGGCAGUGGUCCGCACCCCACCCAAGUCACCAGCAACCACGCCCAAGCAGCUCCGCAUCAUCAACCAGCCACUGCCUGACUUCAAGAACGUCAGGUCCAAGAUUGGUUCCACAGAGAAUAUCAAGUACCAGCCCAAAGGAGGACAGAAGCACAAGGACCAAAAUAUGCCAGCAGAGGCCAAACACAGGGCCUCUUGGAUCUGGAAGUCAGUGCUGCGCCUCAUCUCCGUUACUCUGUGCCUGUCAGCGGCACACAGUGUGACCUGGACCCGAGACCUGCUGAUUCAUAUUUUAAACAAGAAGCUGGACUUGCAGAGUGCAAAAUGCAGCUCCAAGGAUAAUCUGAAGCACUCUCCCCGUGGAGGCAAUGUUCUCAUCCCCAAUGUUAAGCUGGACUAUAGCCAUGUUCAGUCUAGGUGUGGGUCCUUGGACAGGUGGGGCUACUCGGCAAGAGGUGGAAACGUAAUGAUACAGAACAAGAAGAUUGACCUGAGCCACGUGACCUCCAAGUGUGGCUCUCUAGAUAACAUCCAUCAUCGGCCAGGGGGCGGUAACGUGCGCAUAGAGACUGUGAAGUUGGACUUCAAAGACAAAGCCCAAGCCAAGGUGGGUUCCCUGGAAAAUGCUCAGCACACCCCUGGUGGAAGCUGUGUCACGAUUGAGACCCACAGGCUGAUGUUUCGCGACCAAGCCAAGGCACGAGUGGACCACGGGGCUGAGAUUGUCGUCCAGUCGCCGGGCCUGUCCAGCUCCGUGUCCCCCCAGCGCCACCGGGGCAGCCACCUAUCAUCCUCCGGUAGUCUCAACGUACUGGAGUCGCCGCAGUUAGCAACCCUGGCUGAGGAUGUGACUGCAGCUCUGGCCAAGCAGGGUUUGUGAACACUGGAUCUCUAGAUUCCUGCUUUGCACCCCGGACAUCCUCACCCCAAUCCCCUCAAACUUUUCUGCCCACAUCUGCCACGCCGAGGCCACCGUCAGCUAAACCACAGCCUCUAAACAUCUCCACUUCAAUAUCCAUCAGUCAACUCUAAGUAGAGACUCAAAUUAGGAGCUACUGUACUUUGAUCUUCUUUAUUUUACAAAUAUGUGCUAUUUCUGACUCAUUUUCUGUUUGGCCUCUCUCUUUUUGAAUGAUGUUACAUAGAAUAGUUCAGUCUGAGCACUGGUCCUAAAUGAAGUGGUAUAUACAAAGUUGGGGACCAUGUGUGGGCCUAACUGGUCCUAGAUCAGAGUUUUGAAGAAGCUGCAGCAUUUUUUCUACAUUAAAUAAGAAGUAAUGUGGCUAGCACACCAUGCAGCACGUGUUAUGUCACUCAGUAAACAUGCGUGCAUGGAUGCCAAACCCCCUAACAAACCAAGUAUCCUUACUGCAAGUCAUUCUUGUCAUCCGAUAUAUAAUAUAUUUAACAAAUAUAUAUAUAAAAACAUGUAUAAAAAAUUCUUUGCCAUCUACAUGUCCUAAAAAACAUUUUAAAAGGAAGUGACAAUAAGGCUAUAAAAUAUACCUGUAAAAUUGCAUUACUGCAAAAACUAGGUCAUGUUAUGACAAGCAUGUAUUGAUUCUAAUAUUAAAAGAGGCUAUUUUGUAAUCUUAAAAAAAACAAUUUUAGUAAGUUAUUUCCUCAAUUAUUGGAUAAAGAUUAAACAAGUUCAUGUUUUUGUAGUUAUUAGUUGUUUACAGUGUAAUGCUUGGUGACAAUGUCAGACAGCUGAUUUGGUGUUGCUAAGGAAGGCAUCUCAGUCCUGUUGAAGAGCAUCAUACACGUCGUACCUGCUCAGUACUUCAAUAUAGAUGCCUGUUUGUACAUUAGAACACUAAUCAACACCGGAGCUCAUUCCACAAAACUACAGCAAAAGGCAGAUAUCGAGCUCACAGACGUUCCUACGCCAGCACAGGCUGAUGUUGGACUCAUCAGGACUGUGUUGACGCUACGAAUGCGACCUGAGAUUUAGCAGAAGAUGCAGCUACUCUAAAAUCUGUCUGUGUGUGUGCGUUUCGGUGCAGAUCUCAUGCCGUUUACGACGUAUGCUAACGUAUCUGGAUGUUUUGUUGCAAUACGUGGGAGUAAAGUGGGGGGGGAAUAUUAAAAAAAAAAAUCAUUAAAAAGACAAAUCAUGAAGAAAAAUAAAAAGGCAGAGGGAACUCUGAACCUGUUAAAUCUGUUAGAAAAAAGUGUUUGGGUGGUCUAGUUUCUUUUUCCGCCACCAUUUGUGGUAUAACCUUCCUCCUGCCUAAUUACUGCCCUCACCUGCAAUUGUUUGAUGCUUCUGUGUUUUUUUCUGCAUACCCCAUCUGUGUGUGCCCCCUUCUCACCUCCUGCUCCACCCUACAGCAACUGUAAAUGUACUUAAAAAGUCAAGUAGAUGUACGCGGUUUUUCUCUUGUUGAUAUGACACCAAUUACAAUAAUUAAUGCAAAUAAAAAAAGACAAAAAGUGA